AUGGAAACCGAAGAACUCACUAGACUCGUAGAUGAGAUCUACAAGAACAUCCUGGACAAGUUCAACCCAGGGGCGAGGCAGCUGAUCAAUGCCGGCAAGGCGUAUUUGAAAGCACUUCAUGGAGCCGCAGCCGCAUCUCGCGUCUACGUGGACGCUUUGUCUCGAUUAGCACGGCAAGCGCAACUGGGAACGUGGGGUGGUUCCAAGGAUGUCGGAUUCGCGCUGAUGAGGAUUGUCGAAGUCUACAAGGAGAUCCAGGAGCAGGAGAUGAAUAUCCUGAAAGCGUUCUACGUCGACCUACUGGUUCCCCUCGAGACGAACCUGGAGAAAGACACCAAGGUCGUCCAGAGCGAACAGAAGAAGUUUCUGCAGCAGCACAAGACCAGGUCCGAAACUUAUAGCAAAGCGGCUGCGACUAUGAAGAAGCAAAGGAAAAAGUCGAGGGGCGCGAGUAAGAGUGGACUUGCCAUGGACAAAGAGCUCAAGAAUAUGCAGAUUCUCGAGGAAGAGAAGUCUAAGCUAGACGCCUUUUGUGAACAGAGUUUGAAGAAUGCAAUGACUCAGGAAAGACGAAGGUACGGCUUUGUUCUCGAGCGACAGUGCUCCUUGGCGAAACAUUAUGCGAGUUUUCACGAGGUCGCGUUAGCUGCUCUUCAUCCCUCGAUUGAUAAGUGGCGCGAGGUAGCUAGUACCCGGGAAUAUUUACCACAAUCCGUGGAAGACAUGUUCGCCUCCAGACUUAGACAAGUUUCAUUUUGGCCAGAAGACGAGGAGAACGGUGGCUCAGAGCUUACCAUGAGCUCACAAUUGAGGAAGACCAGAAGCAUGGAUAGCUCUUGCUUAGAACUUCGACCUGGACCGCCAUCCGGAAAUGUGCCAAGUGCCACUUAUCAAGGCCCAACUUCGCAUCUUCCAACUGUUCUGUCUAGAGCAAGGUCAGAGGCUAAUCUGCACGCUUCAACGCUAUCUCUAGACCCAGAGGUCCCGGAAACUCCACCAAGGCCGAGGUCCAUGGCUCCUCCGGCAUCACGCAACAGCGGGAGCGCGGGCGGCGGAGGCAGUGGCACAGGGGUGAGCUCUGGUGGCUGGGGGGAUGCGCCCCUCGCGAGGGCUCUCUUUGCCUAUUUGAGCUCCGGGGAAAAUCAGCUAAGUUUCUUGGAGGGCGAUCUCAUCGCGUUGAUGGGAGAUCGUCAGAAGGGCUGGCAAUUUGGGGAGAAUCUGCGCACACAGAGUUCCGGAUGGUUCCCACUGGCAUACACAGAAAUUAUUAUCGACGAUAGUCUGGGAUCACCGAGUCACGGAACAAAUAAUGGCCGAGCACCAGAGCCACAGGCAGUUCCACCCUGUAAGCCUCCACCCUCUCGGCCGCCAGUGACACCAAGCAGCAUGGACGAAGUGUCGAGUGGAUUCCAUGGGGUAGGAAACAACAGCGUCAACAACAGUAACAACAAUAACAGCAGCAUCGGCACCCCUAUUAAUGUACCGAAUAGUAACAGUUCUCACAAUUUGGCUACGCCAACUGCGCGUCAAAUUAAACCGAUCCGUCCAUCGGGCACGUUGCCCACAGUGUUGGCUGGUGGCCGCAGGUUACAGCCACCUGCUCCACCGGUUCCACCCCCUCAAGUUGUGACAUCUCUUCACAGUAGUAACGAUAGUGGUUUCUCAAACGAACCGCCGGCACAGCCUGACAUCGACUAUAGCGACGACGAGGCAAUGAGGCAACGACGAAGAAAGCCGCGUGCCGAUAGAAUAACCGAGGCCGUGAAGCAGCAUCAGAAGGACGAGAAGUCGAGCAGCAAGGACUGGGAGAACGACUCGUGGAAGACAAUACCGAGGGACGAGAAGAGCUGGCACCUUUACAGAACAGCGAUGGACAUUUGGGCGGAAUCGAACGCGAAUCAGAGCAACGAGAACGGCGAGACAAGGUACUCGAACCGGCAUUACGACACGCAGGAGCGGAAGAACGCCAGGGACUUCUCCGAACGUGGCACCAUGGAGAACGGGCCGACGAGGAAGUCCGGGAAGAAGAUGCAGGAGAGAUCGCAGAAGAACGAGUACGACAAUCGCGGACGCGCCAAUUCCAAUCACAAGAGCAAGGUGCUGAACAACGAGGAACAGUCGAGGAAGUCUACCAGAAGGAACAACGAGCAAACCGAGCAGAAUCGUCGAGAAGCGAAAAGAACGAAGGAGCACGAGGAGACCGAGGAGGAUGAGAUCGAGAUAGAAGAGGAGGAGGACGAUUCCUACAGCGCUAGGAUCGAUUAUCAGAAGUACGAGGGGAAGAAGUAUUACGGCGACAGGACAGACGGCCAGGAGCGUAAUUCACGACGUGGUUAUCAUCCGGUCGUUCAGGAAGAGUCGAAAUACGAAAACGAGAAGACUUCGUCCGCCACGUCUUCUGGUACCGACGACGAGAGCACCAUCACGAUCCCAGAAACCGGCAGGAAGGUGGAGCACAUCGCGCAGAAACUGGAGCAAACUGCGCAGAAGUACGCUCGAGAGCACAGUCCGCCGAAAUUCAUGGAAAGACGAAACGAUUACAGAAGUCUCGAGCGAAGAGAGGAGAAGCAACCUCCUCCGCCGUACGAGAGGUACAACGACUGCGAGAGAAAUCGUCCACCGCAGAGAUUCGAGCGAGAAAGGGAACGAUACAUGGAGAAGUCACCGCCGGCCGUUCAAAAAUCCUCCACCUUCGAGAGAGAAAGGACGUUCGAGAAGAAUCCUGACAGGAACAGGAAUAUCGAACGAGCGUCGAGUCGCCGCUUCGAGAGACCGAGACCGCCUUCGGAGGAGGCACCCGAGAGACCGACAGACACUCGUACCUUCUACAGAGAGCGCAGGUACUCCGAUAAGGAGGAGGCAAUCUACGGUGAGACGAAGUUUGUCCGGGAAAAUGUGACCGUAGACAAGGAGCGCGGUUACGAGUCGAAUUUCGAGACGAAGCUGGAGAGAACGAAAGUGAUAGAGAGGCACGGCUAUCAGAAUCUUGGCCAGAGUAAUCUGCAGAAAUUCCAGCGAAACGGACCUCAGAGCUUGGAGAAAAAUGACACCAACAAUAACACGUUGAAGGACGAUAACCGGAAACCUCUGCUUCCGAGGCAGACCACUGCUGUUGGACACUUGAUACAGACAGGCAGAGCUUUCGACGUCGACUCGAAGAGUCCGAAGCUCGUGAAGAGGACGAAAUCGUUCUGGAGGUUCAGGAGAGACUCCGACGUGCUGGAAGGCAUGGCUCUUUGGCAGCACAGAUCUUUGGUAGACAUUCCGAAGAUGAUCAAGAAGGAAGUGAAGGACGAUAGUAUGAACUCCGAGGACAUGAAACAGCAGAGUCCGGAAGGCAGUCCAAAUUCUAGACAACGAUUGGAGAAAAGGAACAGCGACGUGACGAUCACAAACGAUCCACGUCAGGACGAGCCCAAACCUGCCGAGAGGAUUCACGUGCCUGAGAAGUCUGAUUACUUCGAAGAGUUUCCUACGCCAGCGGAGAGACCGAAGGCUGUCGAGAGGUCUGAAUAUCGAAUGCAUCAGGAGGAGAGGUCUUACUUCAUGGGGAACGUUUCCCGAAAAGCCAUAAUCGAGAAGGAAAGGAAACGCAGCCUGGAAGCAAAGCGCAACAUGAUCGUGGCCGAGUUGAAGGAGAAUAACGAGGCCAAGAGGAACGAGAGGAGGAAGAAGUACACGGACGAUGAAGACGGUCUGACCCAGAAUUUCAGCGAAACCGAAGCCUCCGACGAGGAGUCUACUUACAGUUGCAUCGUAGUGAAGGACCAAACUGUGGCGGAAAAAACUCUUCUUCCCAGGACUAAACUCCGCAGGGAUUCCGAUCGGGAAAGGGAUAAAAAUACUUGCGGACCAUGGUACGACCUUUGGGGAGUGGACGCCUCGGUGAACAAGAAAAAGAAGAAGAAGCAGCAAUAA